AUGAAUAUGAGCUUGAAGUCGUCGUGGGUUCUGUGGCAGAAUGACAAUAAUGACUCGAACAUCAGGAGCUGGGAAAAAGACAAUUCGAAGGUUGGGGAAUUUUCGAUGAUUCCUCAGUUUCUGUACAUGUGUGACGAGAUAGUUAGGGUCCGAGUGGAGAAUCUGCGCCCGAUGAAUCUGUUUAAGAAUGGGAUCAAGCCGAUGUGGGAAGAUGAGGCGAAUGUGGAUGGAGGACGACUGAUCCUUGACAUACCGGUGCUGACGCAGGUGGACCUGAAUGAGAUUUGGAAGAUGACGAUGAUAUUAUGUGUGUCGAACAGCAUAGACAAUAUCUGUGGAUGUGUUUUUAACGAGAAGCAAUCAGUAUACAAGAUAUCGAUAUGGUUUGGAAGAGACUAUAACCAGGACAUGAUUAAGGAGAUGUGGGAGAAAAUCCUUGGAAGCAUCAACCUGCCAAUAUACUCAUUUCUGCACAAGAAGUCUCUGGACAAUACAAAGGGAGGAAAGAAGAAAUGGGGAGGAAAGAGAGAGAAGUACAGAAGUAUACAUGAGGAGCAUGAGUAUGUGACAAGAACCUUGCAAUAA